ACAAACAGCUGACUCGUCAUCAUGCUUCGCUGUUCCGCAAGGAAAGAAAGAAGAAAAGCAGCCAAGAAAAAGGACCGGAAUCCCAUUAAGGUGUCCGACGGUAUGCUGUCCGCGUGUCAAGCUCUAGGGCAUCUUAUUCGCCAUGUUUCCAAUCAGAGGGCCUCAUUUGCUCCGACUGUGAUGACCCAAGGCAUUCGUCAUCUCGGGACCACGGGGAAAAGAUUCGAUCUCAUGGAGUUCUUUGACGAUCCGAAGACCUGGGGCAAGCCCAAAGUUCGUGUGGGACGAGCCUGGCUGAAGGACGAACUCAGAUUGAGGAGCAAUCAAGAUUUGCAUCAGCUGUGGUAUGUAUUGCUGAAAGAAAGGAACCGCUUACUGACGCUGCAAUAUGCAUGUAAGAAAGAGGUCAUUCCCAUGCCCAACGAAGAGCGAUUGGAUAAGGUGGAUAUCUCAAUGGAAAAUCUGGAGGAGGUGGUCAGGGAGCGAAAUCGCGCCUAUUGGGAAUUGGAGGUGGGCGAAUCCGGGGAGCAAGAACGACGUGUUUUGGAAGACUCCACCUUUGCCUUUGAAUCAGAAUACAUCACUCAAGAGCAUCCAGUGCCUUUUGAGCUGAAUGAGAAGCACCGUGAAGAGUAUCGCCAACGAUUCUGGUCCGGUUUGGAUGAGGACACGAAGAUCUUCUACCGGAGAUAUCGUGAACAAGCCCAUCAUGAUAUGCGCCAAAAGAAAUACAAAGAUCUCCAGAGUGGUGCUCGAGUGUUGCGACGUUUCCCAGAUGUGAAUGAAGAGGCUUUGCAAGAGAAGUAUCCACAUGCGUCAGUGGAAGAGAUGAGGCGAUAUAAAGAUGCCCUUGGCAAUAAAUCGAAUACGGACGUUAAUUUCUAGGGCUGUUUUCGCGCAAUGUAUGUCUGAUGUCUUGAAUAAAUCUUUCUUAGGACA